UUGUAUAAAUGGUCUUAUCAUGAUAUGUAUUCGAUGAACAAUGGAAAAUCAUUCUAAGAAUUUGACUAUUCAAAAUAAUGAAAUUCAAUGUUUAGUCUAUUCGCAUACAUCAAAGCAUAAUUCACUACUUAAAGAAAAACAUUUUAGUCAAGAAAAUACUACAAUAAAUUUGAAUAAUACAAAUUUAGAUUUCAACUUUAAAUUGACCCAUUCAAAAUGUCAUAAUGAUACAGUUUCAAAUUUAUAUUUAGAUAAUAUGAAUCAAUUAUCUAAUCAAAUAAUUAAUCCACAUUAUCGUAAAACUGCUAUCAUUGACAUUUGUAAAUCUAUUGAUGAUAAUAAAUUGGAUAUAGGAUAUUUAAUUUAUUCACGUCCAGGUAUUAUAGCUGCAUUACUCCUAGAAAUUGUACAACAUUAUCCAACUGAUAAAAGUAUAUCACUUUCAUCAGAAUCAUUUGAAAUUAUAUGUUCAAUAAUUGCAAUAUUUCAACAAAUUAUACUCAACAACAAAUUUCGUAUUGAUUUUAUUAGCACAGGUCUUUUAACAUAUUUAUUACCUUAUUUUAACAUUGAAUGUCAAACUGAUGAUACUGAACAUUUACGUAUUAGUUUAUUAAGUUUAUAUGCUACAGUAACAAGUAAAUUAUCAAUCAAUGAAAUAGAAGAUUUUCUUUUGCCAGAAUCUAAUACAUAUUUCAAUGAUGAAACAAUAAGUGAAGAAAGAUUAGAAAUAACCGAUAAACAAGUGAAUUUUAAUUCUAUUCAUAAUACUUAUUAUGUUUUAAAUGAUUUAUUUAAACAAACAUUGAAAGCAUUAAUUCAAUGUCAUACUGAAAUUGGAAAAACUAUAACACUUAUUUUAUUAGCACGUUUAUUGAAUUGUCCAAAUCAACGAACUCGUCUCUAUCAUAAUUAUAGUUUAUUUAAUGAAUUAAUUUCAUGUCUUACACAAAUGAUUCAAUAUAUGGUACAAAAAUUCACUAUUGAAAUACAACAACAAUUUAAGCAUAAAAUUCAUUUAUAUGAGCAAUAUGAUAAAAUAAUAUUUAUAAAAGCUAAACGUUUAUUACAAUUUACAUUAGAAUGUUUUAAUCAAUUAAUGAUUGAUUUGAAAUUACGUAAUCGUUUACGUCAUAGUUUACCCAUUGAAUUACGUUCAAAUUUAUUUUCUGUUAUAUUAUUACAUGAUCAAGAUGUUCAAUUAUGGCUUGAAAAAAUUUGGUUACAAUUAGGAUGGGACAAAAUGAAUUAAGAAUGUGCAUUACAGACUACUUUAUAAUAUACUACUUUAAUUUCAUAGUUUAAUGCAUUUUGUUUAGUAAAUACAUUUUUUUUCAGUUGUA